CACAUGGUAUCAGAAGACUAGGUUUCCUUUCUCUCACAACCCUAGCAGCCGUUUCUUCUCUUCCUCCCCUUCUUCUUCAAUGGCGGAUGUUACCAAACUUCAUCCCGCAACAACCGUCUCUAAUAUAAAGACCUGCAUUCCCAUCACUCUGGAUUAUGAGGGAACGCAAUACAUAAACUGGUCGACUCUUUUCCUUCUUCACUGUCGUGCGAAUUUGGUUGUUGAGCACAUUGUGCCCUCUUCUCCUUCAACGACCAAUGCUAAUGCCGAUGACUCUUCCACCGACAAACUACAAUGGCAGCGGCUCGAUGAUAUUGUGCGUCAAUGGAUUUACGGGACCAUUUCCAAUGACCUUCUCAACACCAUACUCAAUCAAGACGACUCUGCCCAAGACGCGUGGAAUCGGUUGGUGCGCUUAUUUCAAGGCAACAAGUCUGCUAGGGCACUUUACCUUGAUACUCAAUUCACCAACACGAAGCUCGACCAAUUUUCCGGUGUCAAACCCUACUGCACCCGCCUCAAGGUCCUCUCCGACAAUCUUCGUAACGUUGGGGCACCGGUUUCGGAGGAUCGCAUGGUCUUACGACUCCUGCAAGGGCUCUCCGCGGACUAUAAAACUUUCCGCACCAAUAUUCAACAUCGGGUUCCUCUACCACCUUUCGACGAGGUCCGCACGAUGCUUGAAUUUGAGGAAGAAUCUCUCGCCGAUGAUCAGACUGAUACAGGUUCGGCCACUGCUCUUUUUCAUUCCAAUUCUACUAAUGCUGUCAAUGUUGAUCAGGAUCAACCAUCGUCUCACAACAAUCGGAACCACAAUAAUAAUUCUGGUUAUCGUGGGAAAAAGAGCCACCGCGGCCGUGGUGGUAACAACCACCGGCACAACAACCGCCACGGUGGCGGCAAUGGUGGCAAUGGUAGCAAUGGCGGUGGUCGCAACAGCUCCUCACGGUCCCACGACCAUCAGCAACAGCAACAGUUUAAUGGAGCUCCCUCUUUUUGGCACCUUCCUCCUUGGGCUGGAAACUGGCAGGCCCAAACUUGGGCAACUCCACCUUGCCCAUAUCCCUCUUCUGGCUGGCAGUUCAGGCCCACUAGCCCACGACCAGUGCAACCUCAGCAGGCUGGAGUACUUGGAGCCCGCCCACAACAGGCCUAUUACAUGGCCACCCCACAUCCAAUGGGCUAUGUUCCCACGCCUACUAGCUAUUCUCCAACAGACAUCGACCAAGCCAUGCACACUAUGUCGAUGAAUCCUCCAGAUGAUAAUUGGUACAUGGAUACCGGCGCCACGUCGCACAUGACGUCCUCUCAAGGAUUUGCGGACGGGGAAUCGCCUAAUGAGAUGUGAGAGCAAGGGAGCCCUUUAUCCAUUCCUCACCAAUUUCCAGUCAUCACCAUCUUUUCAGUCAGCUUUCAAUGCCAUCUCUUCGGACAUUUGGCACUCCCGGUUGGGUCAUCCGGGCUCUACUAUUCUUCAAAAUUUGCGUAGUAGUAAUCUUAUCAAAUGUAAUAAAGUUUCAAACAAUGUUUGUCAUUCUUGUCCUUUGGGGAAACUUGUCAAAUUACCUUUCUUUAACUCUAUGUCAUUUACUACUAUGCCGUUUGACAUAAUUCACAGUGAUUUAUGGACAUCUCCAGUUGUCAGUUCUUUAGGCCAUAAAUAUUAUGUUCUCUU